AUGAUGUUUAAUUUCUACCUAGGUUUGCUUCUUGCUGGGCUCUACUGUUUUGCCCACUGUCACCAUCUCCCUACUCACCAUGAAGAGGGCCAUGACCAUGACCACCAGCCUCCACUGGAAGGUCGCAAUAAUUUGUCCUACCUGAAGAUAGUGCCUAGCAAUACCGACUUUGCCUUUAAAUUUUUCCAUCAGGUUGUUUCUGAAAAUGCUGGCAAGAAUGUUGUUUUUUCUCCACUGAGCCUAUCUACUGCUUUUGCCCUGGUGUCCAUGGGAGCCAAAGCUGCCACCCUGAAUCAGCUUUUGUCAGCACUUGGUUUCAACCAAACAGAGAUCAGUGAGCAGGAAAUACAUGAGGGUUUUCUUUAUCUUCUCCACUCACUAAAUCUCCCACGGCCUGAAAAUGACCUGCGUAUUGGAAAUGCUCUUUUCCCACAUGACAAAAUGAAAGUCCUCCAGAAGUUCUUAGAUGAUGCCAAACAUUAUUAUCAGGCCGAUGUUUUUCCCACUAACUUUAGUAAUUCCACAGAGGCUGAGGUAGUGAUCAACAGCUACAUAGAAAAUAAAACCAAAAUAAAAGAUGUUGUUCGGGGUCUCCAACCAGAAACACUGAUGGUUCUUGUAAACUAUAUCUACUUGAAAGCCUACUGGGAAAGACCUUUCAGUGCUGCGAGUACGCAAGAAGAUGACUUCUUUGUGGAUGAGCAAACAAAAGUGAAGGUCCCGAUGAUGAAUAAAGACUCCCAUUUUAAGGCUUACCAUGACAAAGAUUUGUCCUGAAAGGUGGUUGAGCUCCCUUACAAGGGUGAUGUUUCAGCACUCUUCAUUCUGUCUGACAGAGGGAAACUGAAAUUGGUGGAAGAUGCUCUGGGGAAGGAUGUUUUGCUCAAAUGGAAGAAAUCAAUGUGGGGACAGAGAAUAGAUCUCUAUCUUCCAAGGUUUUCUAUAGCCAGUAAAUAUGAUGUUAAAGAAGUGUUACAAAGACUGGGUGUUAUUGACGUGUUUGAAAAUAAUGCAGAUUUAUCAGGAAUUACUGGGAAGCCAGAGCUGAAGGUGUCCAAGGCUAUUCAAAAGGCCUAUCUGAAUGUCUAUGAAAAUGGUACAGAAGCUGCAGCAGCCACGUUCAUUGAAUUUGCCUUUACAUCCAUGCCUCCCAUAAUGAAAUUUGAUGUUCCAUUCCUGGUUAUUAUCUCUCAGGAGGAGAACAUAUUAUUCAUGGCAGCCAUCAACAAUCCCACUGAGAAAUAAUCAUGAAAUCCACGUUCUUCUCGCAUCACCGACAAUUUAGUAUUCUUCAAAUAUAUAAAACACUUAUGAAAAUAUUAUUUGGUGUAAUUUCCUUGUACUGAUGGAACAGUUUUACAUUUAUUUUUCCUGUAUUCAUUCUCACCAAAUAAUGGACCAAAUAAACUUUCAUUUGUUUUCAAAAAUCUGUAGAUUUGUCAAAAGUGUGAUCUGAAGUCCUUGAGCCAUAGUUGUUUUAAAGUGAAUAUUGAAAAAGUUCCAGCCAGGGGGUUUGAAAAAAAAACCCCAUUUGUUUGAUUGCUUGUUUGCUUUACAAGCUCCUCAUCUUAAAAUGACAGAAAAUGCAAUACAGCAACAAAUGGCUGUACCUAGUGAAUAUGGGGAAAUGGCACCAGCAUCUAUGGCAGGGCUUCUGAAACUUUCUCCACUCACAACCCCAGGUAUAUAGAUAUAUUUAUUUAUUUCGUGUCAAAAGCAUUGCAUAAUAAAUAAGUAUAAAAGUGAUAAAAUAAAGGAAUCACAAACAUCUAAAUAGUUUUGGACCAAAAGCGGGCAACAGCAACCGCAUUGUCCAUAGCUUUAAACAACUCCUCCUCCGUGCAAGAGGCAGGGCACUGUGGGCAAGCAUACAUAUGAGGAGUUGUUUGUUCAGCUCCACAGUCACACAAGGUGGAAGAUUCCUCCAGGUAGUGCCAUCUUGCCAGGUUGUCUUUUGAUCUGCCCACUCCGCUUCUCAGUCUAUUUAGGGACUUCCAAGUUGCCCAUUCUUGGUUUGCCCCUGGAGGAAGACCCUCAUGAGGGGCCAUCCAGUUAGAAUUGCCUGGUUUAGCUGCCCAGAGGGACACUCUUGCUGUUGCUGGGGGGACAUCAAGAGGAGUGGUGGUUCUCAUGAAGCCCUUCCUUGAUUUGAGUCUGGUGGGAGGAGGCUGAUAGUCAUGCAGUGGGUGGCUUUCACAAUGUUCAACCUUAUUUCUCUCACAGCAACUUCCCGUCGCAUGUCAGGAGGGGCCAUGCUAGCUAACUUGUAGAGUUUAUCAACAGGUGUCGGUUUAAGGCAUCCUGUGAUUAUUCUGCAUGUUUCGUUUAGUGCUAUGUCCACCUGCUUUGCAUGGGCAGACUUGUGCCAAACAGGACAGGCGUACUCUGCAGUUGAGAAAGACAAGGCCAGGGCUGAUGUUCUUAUUACUUGUGGGUCUGCUCCCCAUGCGCUGCCAGUCAGUUUCCGCAGGAUGUUAUUGAGUGCAGCUACUUUGUGCUUGGUGUUCAUGCAGUGUUUCCUAUAUGUUAGUGUUCGGUCUAAGGUGACACCAAGGUAUUUAGGAUGGAAACAGUGUUCGAGCUCUUGGCCUUCCCAAGUAACUUUCAGUUUCCUGUUGGCUUCGCGGUUACGUAGGUGGAAAGCACACACUUGUGUCUUGGAAGGGUUAGGCUUCAGGUGGUUCUCUUUGUAGUAGCUGGAGAGAUCUUUCAAGGCAUUAGCGAGCUGGUUUUGAACUGUUUCAAAAUCUUUUGCUUGUGUUGUAAGGCCAAAGUCAUCAGCAUAUAUAAAGCUCUUUGUGAGUGGUGGUUAUGGCUGAUCGUUCGUGAAGAUGUUAAAUAAGAACGGCGCAAGAACACUGCCUUGGGGUAAACCAUUCUUUUGCCUCCUCCAUCUACUUUUCCUGCCCUGAAACUCCACAUAGAAGCUGCGGUUUUCCAGGAGGGUCUGGACAGUUUUUGUAAAGUAAAGGUGAUAUGGUAGACUUUAUGCAGCAUUUUUCUAUGUUGUACCGUGUCAUAGGCUGCCGUAAGGUCCACAAAAACUGUUCCUGUGAUGCAGCCUUUCUCGUAGCCUUCCUCGAUAUGCUCAGUCAGAUGGAGAAUUUGACCUGUGCAGUUUUUCCCUGGUCUGAAACCUGCUUGUUGUGCAAUAAGCUUGGGUUCAUUGACAGGUCCUAAUCGAUUUAAUAGCAUCCUCUCAUAGACUUUAUAUAGAUGACAUAAGAGGGAGAUUGGUCGGUAGUUCCUGGCAUUGGAGGCAUCUUUACCAGGUUUUAAAAUGGCAAUGAUCUUAGUUUUCCUCCAUACUCUGGGAAUCUGUUUGUGUGCCAAGCAUUGAUUGUAGAAUUUCAAAAGCCAGUUUUCAGCUUUGGGGCCCAAGUGUUUGAUUUGUUCCAUCAUUAAGUCAUCUAGGCCAGGUGCUUUACCAGUUUUAAAUCUCUUGAUGGCUUCUCUGAGUUCUUUCAGGUUUAGAGGAGAGGUUUAGAGCAUUGCAUUGCUUUUAAACAUUUUUUAUAGGUAUAUGAAACAGGUAUACAAAUCAAACAUUGUUGAAGGUUUUCCUUGCCGGAAUCACAGGCCAUAUAUUGUAAUAUAUCUCACAACCUCUGAGGAUGCCUGCCAUAGAUGUGGGAGAAACAUCAGGAGAAAAUACUUCUGGAACAUGGCCAUACAGCCUGAAAAACUCACAGCAGCCCAGUUCAUUGGUAUACAUAUAAUUUCACCAUUUAUUAAAGAUGAAAGCCAAUUUGCAUACCAAAUGGAUGUACUUGUUCAUUUUUAGAUAAAGAAUUAAAUCUUGGCUGAAUGUUUGACUGAGGACUGUGUGGUGGUGGUUGGGGUAUGGAAGAAUAGAUGUGUUAUUAUUGUGAUGCAUGCUGAAGAAAGCAUUUAAUUUCGUUGUACAGAGUAUUUC